AUGAACGGAUUUCCAGAUGACUCCAACGAGUAUGUUAUGGUUCAAGUGACACCAUUACCAAGUGGAGAAGUGACACCGCUGCAGAGUUACAAUGGUACACCUUUGGCCAGUGCCAAUGUAACGCCUUUACCAAUCAAGAAAUGGCCACGUUCCAAUGAUUCUGACACGGGCACUGAUAUUGUGCCCAUCUGUCGAAUUUGUCACCUUCCAGGAGACAAAGAAGAUCCAUUGUUUAAACCAUGUCGAUGCUCAGGGACACUAAGAUUCAUCCAUUAUGGUUGCUUAAUGAAAUGGAUUGAAAUCUCUACAAAAAAGUCCAAGAAACCACCAAGAUGUGAACUAUGUCAUUAUGAAUUUCACAGACACAAACGUUUCAAGAGGCGACACUGGCAGUGGCCACGAGUCAGUGGCAAAGACAAAUGUUUACACACUGUGUUCUUUAUCAACUUAUUGAUAAUGAUCUCGUAUUUACUCAACACAACCACACAGGGCUCCUUAAAUGGCUGCUUGUUCACCAUUGUUGCUUCCACAAACCCCAGCUUUUCCUCUUUCUUUUUUUUUCUUUCUUUUUUUUCUUUCUUUUUUUUUCUUUCUUUUUUUUUUUUUUUUUUCAGUGCCCUACAGCUUUCAAAAUAG